AUGACAGGCGUGGGCCUCCUCCUGGUCGUCGUGACACCCACCAUCUGCAACAUCGGGGUUGGUAGGACCCUGGUGGAUGACGGAGCGGGCCUUAAUCUGCUAUCCCCAGAGGUGUUCCGGCAGAUGCAGAAAAUGGAGAGCAAGCUCACCCCUUCUGCCCCUUUUUGUGGUGUGACUGUCGGGAAAACUCUCCCGUUGGGGCAGGUCCAGCUUCCCGUCACAUUUGGCGGGAGGGACAACUUUCACAUGGAGAACAUCACAUUUGAUGUGGCGCACUUCGACCUCCCCUACAAUGCCAUACUUGGGCGCCCUGCGCUCGCCAAGUUUAUGGCCGCGGUCCACUACGCUUACAGCGUCCUCAUGAUCUCGGGUCUAGCCGGGGUCAUCUCGAUCAUGGCCGACGUGAAGGGCUCGGUGCACUGCACCAAAUGGCUCUUCGAAGCGGUGGUGACCACGUCCUUCGAUGAUGGGGAGCGCCCCGAGCCAUCCGCCAUCCGACGGCGAAGCAACGCCUCUCUCCCAAUAGCUCCGCCCUCACCAAAAUGGUCUGUCUUGGUUAUGAUCCCGAGAAAACCGUAA